CCUACUUAUUGUUAGAUUAUCAUGACUGCAUUCUUGGCGUCAUGCCGUUUCCCUGACGACGUAUUUAGAAAUGGAUAGUCUGCUAUAGAUAUUGACACGAUAUAUAUAUAAUAUUUGAUAGCGUGUCGCUGCGUAGUGGUGGUAGUGCCCGUACCAUGGUCCGCUAACCUAAUUUGUGAAUUUCAUUUUUGUAUCAUCAUUUGUGAAUAAAUAUUUCUGAUAUAAUGUUAAGCAUUAUUUUAUGCCGCCGUCUGCAACUUGUUGGACAUAACAAAAAAAAGCUUUGGACCAAAUCAUUUACAACAUGCUCAUUUAAAUCACGAAGGCAAAUAAUUCAUUCAGAAGGAGGUCUCCUUCGCGUUGCAACAUUUAAUCCAAUGUUUUCGACUCAUGGAGUUAGGCAUUGCAAUGGAAACAUAAUUGAUCGUGCACAGAAAAAAAAAAGUAUAUUACAAUCAAAAAUCAUUGUACCUCCGAUUAAGAUCCCAUCGAUAAUUUCUGCAUUUACUGGAGGAAAAUGGGGUCAACAGAAAAGGGAUUGCUUUCACCCUGGUGUGUCCAGUUUAAACCGUGAAGCUAUUGAUUUCAAAGAUAAAAAUCCAGUCUCAUCUUCAGAUAUGGUUAAAGCGAUGCUUAAAUAUAUUUGGCCAGAAGAUGAUCCAGAUAUAAGAAAGAGAGUAAAACUAGCUCUCGGUUUAUUGAUUGGUGCAAAAGUUUUAAAUGUUGGUGUUCCAUUCAUUUUCAAAUAUGCAAUAGAUGCUCUUAAUGCUCAAAGUGUAGCAGUUAGUGGGAAUGCUGUUCUAAGCCUAGGAACAGCACCAGAAACAAUAGCAACUGUAGCAACAUCAUUACUUAUAGGAUAUGGUAUAGCACGUGCAGGUGCAGCUGGUUUCAGUGAACUGCGAAAUGCAGUGUUUGCUAAAGUUGCACAGCAUUCUAUUCGAAAAAUAGCCAAAAAUGUAUUUCUACAUUUACAUAAUUUAGACAUGGCUUUUCAUUUGUCUAGACAAACUGGAGCAUUAUCAAAGACGAUAGACAGAGGAAGCCGUGGUAUAAAUUUUGUAUUAAAUGCUAUGGUUUUUAAUAUUGUACCCACUGUCUUUGAAUUAGGACUUGUCAGUACAAUACUCUAUUUAAAAUGCGGCGGAGAAUACGCAGGUGUUGCAUUAGGUUGUGUCGGUGUUUAUACAAUAUUUACAUUAGCUGUUACACAAUGGCGAACGAAGUUUAGGAUUUUUAUGAAUCAAGCGGAAAACGAUGCGAGCAAUAAAGCAAUAGAUUCACUUAUUAAUUAUGAAACAGUAAAGUACUUUAACAAUGAAAAAUUCGAAACACAAAGAUACGAUGAAUCGUUAAAGAAGUAUGAAGCUGCAUCUCUGAAAACAAGUACAAGUCUAGCAAUGUUAAACUUUGGUCAGAAUGCUAUAUUUAGCGGUGCGUUAAGUUUAAUUAUGGUAUUAGCAGCUAAAAACAUUUUAAAUGGUACCAUGACAGUUGGUGAUUUAGUAAUGGUCAAUGCACUUUUAUUUCAACUGUCGGUUCCAUUAGGAUUUUUGGGCUCAGUGUACCGCGAAGUUAGACAGGCUCUUAUUGACAUGCAAACCAUGUUUACCUUAAUGACAAUGGAUACAGCUAUUAAGUCCAGAGAAAAUGCCAUACAGUUCAAUAUAACUCCAAAGAAUUCUGAUAUAGAGUUUAAGAAUGUUAGCUUUCAAUAUGGGGAAGGCAAAUCUAUUUUUAAUGACAUUAACUUCACCAUUCCUAGUGGAAAGAAAAUUGCUAUUGUUGGAGGAUCUGGUUGCGGCAAAACGACAAUAGUGAGAUUAUUAUAUCGAUUCUUUGAGCCACAAUCUGGUGGUGUCUACAUCAAUGGACACAAUAUUCAAGAUUUAGAGUUGGACUCUCUAAGAAGGUCAAUAGCGAUAGUACCACAGGAUACUGUCCUGUUUCAUGAAAGUAUCUUUUAUAAUCUUCACUAUGGAAAUUUGAAUAAAUCUGAAAAAGAAGUUUUCGAGGCUGCUAAAAUGGCAAAUUUACAUGAUCAUAUUCUUAAAUGGCCAAAAGGAUAUGAUACGCCUGUUGGCGAACGAGGCUUAAAAUUAAGUGGCGGAGAAAAGCAACGAGUAGCGAUCGCCAGAGCAAUUUUAAAAAGUAGUCCAAUACUAAUAUUUGAUGAAGCUACAUCAUCUUUAGAUUCCAUUACAGAACAUAAUAUUCUUGAAGCAUUGCGUCGAGCAACGGCAGGGCGAACGUCCAUUGUUAUAGCGCAUCGUUUAUCUACUGUGAUGGACUCUGAUGAAAUUUUUGUAUUAGAUAGUGGUAAAUUAAUAGAAAGAGGAACACACGAGUCAUUACUAGCUACACCGAACUCCUUCUAUAAUAAAUUGUGGAAAACUCAACAUAUAGGAAUGCUUAAGUCGAAAGAUGGAAAAGAUAAUAGUAGUAAAGCUCAAGCAGCUUGAAUUUAAAAAUUAUGUAUUAUACAGGUAACAAUGUAUAUACAAUAUUAAUUUUAAAAUCGCAUUAUUUCGGAACGGUCACUUGUUAAAAGAAAUUACUUAUUACAAUGAUUGUGAUUAUAUAACGUUAUAGAAAGACAUCCGAAUGCAGGAAUUAUUUUAAAAAUAUACAUAUUAACUGAACGGUUAAAAAUCUUUUUUUAUUUCAUUACGAAAGUAACUGAAAAUAUUUCUUCCAGUAUUACAAAUACCGUUAAUAGCAGUUAAUAAGCAUUCAAAAAGUAUGUAUGUAAAAAUCUUAUUUAUUAAAUACACUUAUCUGUAUUUAAAGUAGUUAAAAGAUUGUACAUAACAACGUACGCGCAGUGCGCAUGUUUGUUUAUAUUUUAAUAACUUACACGAAACCAAUGUUUGUAAAAAAAAAUGGUAAAAAGAUUUAUUAAUUUAUUUUUCGGUAUUGUAAUUUAGAAAUUGUGAAUUGCCAAAAUUGUUGUGUUAUGACUGAAGAAAAGUGAAAUAAAAGAGUACUGAAUAUUA